AUGAGUGAAACUAACAAUCCCACUUCAUCUAAUGAGAAGAAACCUGUGGUGUUUGCAGUUCCUUCUUCUUCUUCCUCUUCCACCCGAAGAGGAAUAAAUGCAGUACAUGUCAAUUCAGCUCGUGAAAUGGUUAGAUUACACACCCAGGGAAGGAACCCACCUGCUAGACAAGACAACGUAAUCUCCCUUCCAAGCGGAGCGGGGGCACCUUCUCAUGUCUCGAGGAUAGGUACAACGGAAUUAAUGUCAUCCAAUUUCCCUAAAAUUCAAAUUCCAUUACAUCACGAUGAAACAGAGUGUAAAAAUCCUCAAUGUCAGCAUUGUGGACAAAUUAUCAUCCCUUCCCCUCAAUCAUCCUAUCCAAUUCAAGAUAAGCCAUCUAUAACGGUAAAUGGAUGGAGUAUAUUUACCACCAAGAAACCUAUACUUAAUUCCUUGGAGUUGGACCAUUUGGCAGAGACCAAGUUUGACUUUCCAUUACCCGAAAUGAUAUUUGGAAAUAAUAAUGUUAGGAUACGUAAUGAUGUUACUGGUGGAACAAUAGAGUUUAAUGCCAUUGAUGCAUUAAGUUCCUUGGAUCCAAAUUGUCCUUUGAAAGUUAGUUGCCAUGAGGAAUGGUUGAAAUCUAGACGAUCAAAACAUGCAAGUUUAAAACAAGAACAAUCACUCAAAAAGGACCUUUCAGAAUUUACAGAGAAUUUAGACGGAUUAAAACCAUACGAUUGGACAUAUUCAACAAAUUAUAAAGGUACAGUACACAAUCUUGAUUUGAAACCUUCUGAGUUGCAUGAGAUUCCAAUUAAUAAAUUGACAAAACCCGACCCCAUUUUAUUUUUCGACGAAGCAAUUUUAUUUGAAGAUGAGUUAGCCGAUAAUGGGAUAUCAAUAUUGAGUUAUAAAAUCAGAGUUAUGCCCACCUGUUUGUUAUUGUUGUGUCGAUUUUUCCUUCGAAUCGAUGAUGUUAUAUUCAGAGUUAGAGAUACAAGAUGUUAUAUUGAUUUUGACACUAAUGAACUUAUCAGAGAAUACAAGGUACAAGAGCAAGAGUAUGAUCAAGUUAUGAGUUUAGUUAAAGUGAAGAAUAACAAAGAUCCAAAGAAACUAUUCAGGGAUUCAAAUUGGGUUAGUCAGAACAUACAUGUUCUUAGUAAGGAAAUUGAUAUAAGUGUUGUAGAUAUUCAAAAGUAG